AUGCUACAGUAUUCUGCGAAGAUUUGGGAAAAUGAUGAUCUACCACAUCAAAUAUGUAACACAUGCUUUCUACAAUUACAAAACACCAUUAAUUUUAAACAAUUAUGUGAAACGUCCGAUUACACUUUUCGUCAAAUUAUCGAACAAAAUGUAGUCAAAGUUGAAAGUGAUAUAUGUAACAAAGAAUUUAAAAAAGCUUGGGUAUUGGGUCAACAUAUGCAUCGUGCACACAAAGUAAAACCACUAAAAUGUAAUAAAUGUGAAAUGAAAUGUUACCAUCCACUACAUUUAAAAGAACACGAGGAGUUGGCCCAUAACCCGUUAAAUCAUACAUGUGAUACAUGUAAUAGACAAUUUAAAGACAUCUAUAAAUUACAACGACAUAAGUUCACACACUCAUCUCGAUCACAUCAUUGCCAACGAUGCGAUAAAUCGUUCAAAGAUAAAUGGUCAUUGAAAAAGCAUAAUCAAGAGAUGCAUUCACUUAUUGAGAAGAAUGCCGCAUGUCAUGUGUGUGGUAAAUCAAUAUUGAAAAAAAAUCUUUCAAUUCAUAUGCAAACUCAUAAAGAACGUGAUAAAAUCUCUUGUGAAAUAUGUUUAAAGACGUUUUUCCAUCGACAAUCAUUAGAAAAUCAUAUAAAAUAUAUACACGAGAAUCAAGCGCCCGAACGAAAUUAUUUGUGUAAUGUUUGUGGGCGAGCAGUACGUUCACAAGCCGAAUUAAGUCGACAUUUAUUAAUACAUACAAAGGAAAGACCGUAUGCCUGCAAUCAUUGUGAUAAAACAUAUCGACGUUCAGAAGCAUUAAAAAUGCAUGUUUCACGUGCGCAUUUGGAUGAGCGUAAUUUUGUAUGUACAUUUUGCUCACAAGCAUUUUAUGAUAAGAAAAUUUUAUUGAAUCAUGUGAGACGGCACACGGGUGAACGACCAUUUAAAUGUAAUAUAUGUGAUAAAGCAUUUAUACAAAAAGUAGCAUUGAGAAUUCAUAUGCAAGUACAUACACAUUCAGUAUAA